AUGCCGUACGCCCGGAGCGCCCCGACGGCGGACGCGGCGCACUACGAGCAGGACCGAGCUCUCCAGUGGCAGCGCGAGAAGCAGAUCCGCAAGGACGCCGCGCGGCGGCGCAAGCUGCGCGCGCAGAGCAACGAGAAGCGCCAGGCGGCCGAGACCGAACGCGCCCAAAAUGAAUACGCCGAGCGCAAGCACAAGAAGCUCGAGUACGUGAAAUAUUUGCGGAGCCAGCUCCGGAAGCGACAAAAGCCGAAGCGGACGCCGCGCGAGCCGACGCAGUACGAGGUCGAGGAGCGGCGCAAGGAGGCGUCGAAGCGGCGCGCCGUGCAGGCGCGCGAGCGCGAGGCCGCGCGGCGCACGGACGCGUUGGCGGCGGCGACGGCCGCCGCGCGCGCGCUCGCGCGGAAGAACGCGCGGCGGGCCCAGGACGCCGAUUCAGUUGCGCGGACGGCGCCGCCGAUGGGCGCGUGCCCCACCACCCGUUCGUCCUGCGGCGACCUCGCGGCGCCGGGCCUCGACGGCACGCAGCCCUGGUCGGCCGUCGCCGACGCGGCCGCCGCGCGCCUCCAAAGAAGGAUAGAUAGAGGCAGGCAGGCCCAAGAGGCGCUGUCGCGGCGCCACGAGCAGCACGUGGCCUCGAUCUGCGACUCGCCCGCGUCGACGAUGCUGUUCCAGGCCUGGCGGGAGGAGGCCGCCGCGGCCGUCGAGCGGGGCCAGGCGGCCGCGGCGGCGCCGGCGCCGGCGACGAAUAAUGAAGUGUGGUCGAAGCGCCUGGACCACGCCCCCUCCACGCUCUUCUCGUCGCUGGACCUGUCGCUGAACGAGCGCCAGAAGGCGUCCCUGCCGCCGCAGCCCAAGGUCGGGGGCUACGGCGCGAUCCACGCGGCCAAGGCGUCCACGCCGCCCAAGAAGGUCUACGCCAAACGAGGCGAGGGCCUCGACACGCCGACGACGGGCUACGCGCGGCGCGCGGCCCUGAAGGGACGGACGCCGCCGCAGCGGACGCCCUCGUCCGGCGCGCCGACGACGGCCUCGUCGCGGCGCACGCGCCAGAAGAAGCCCAAGCCCGCCUCGCCCAAGGAACGGUGGGGCGCCGGCGGCCGCCAGACCGCCGCCGAGCGCGAGAAGGAGUUGCUGCGCAAGCGCAAGGCGGACUUCGCCGCGCGGCAGCGGCUCAAGAACCAGCAAAAGGCCCGGCGGAAGGCCCAGAAGAGCCAGCGCGCCUCGGCGUCGACGGCGGCGACGUCCGUCUAUCAAAAACCGCUCGAGCUGCAGAAGGCGCCGGCGCCGAUGCCCUGCGAGCGGUCGCCGGACCUGCCCGUGUCGCGGCCGAAACCCCGUCGGAAAGCGCCGGUGGACACGGCCCUGAUCUCCGUCGAGGAGCGCGACGUCGCCAAGAGUCUGCGGAGGCUCGACGGCCUCAUCCAGGAGCGACUGAAGCGGCGGCAAAAGCCGACGAAGCCCGCGUGGCGGCCGCCGUCUCCGUUAGGCUCGCUGUCGCCCGUGCACGAGUCGCCCGCGCGCCGGCCGUCGCCGCGGCGGCGCCGCGGCGACGCGCGGUCGCCCGACGGCUGGCGCCGCUGCUCGCCGGUCUCGGACGCGUCGCCGCCGCCGCGCCGCCGCCGCCGCGACGACCGCGAGCGGCGACGCGCGCCGACGCAGCGCGAAUGGGACGAGACGCCCGUGGGCGGCGGCGACGCCGCGGCCGACUUCGAGAACGCAGCCCGACAUAUGGGCUCGCAGAAGCCGCGCCGGCGGCACCUGCCGGACCGGCCGCCGCUGCCGGACCGGACGAACCAGGGGGAGGGCCUCGUCGUGCAGACGUCGCUGGCCUACCUCCUCGAGUAG